AUGAUGUACGGCUGGGCUGUGGUAUGUCUCUGUGGCUUGGCCACAGGGACUGAGACAAACUGGGAGCUGCUAUCAGCGGUGCAGAGCGGCAAUGCCACAGGCGUUCAGAUGCUGCUCAGCAGCGGCAGCUUCGACAACAACCACAUGCGGUUCAUUUGGGAGGGGGGUAUGGAGGACACCAUGGUCCACCAGGCUGCUCGCCAGGGCCACGCAGAGGUGUUGCAGUUGCUGCUGGAUGCUUGGCCGGAAGGUGUGCAAGCAAGGGAUUAUGGCGGCGCAGUGCCGUUGCAUCGUGCAUUCUGGAGCGAUAACGCGGAUGUCGUUGCACCACUCUUACUGAAGCAGUGGCCAGAUGGGGUGAAGGCUGCUGAUAGCACUGGUUCCCUGCCCUUGCACUGGGCAGUUUCUGACGACAGCGAUCCUGACCCCGAGAUGGCACAACUGCUAUUGAAGCAGUGGCCAGAUGCAGUAAAAGCUGCUGAUAGCCAGGGUUUUCUGCCCUUGCACUUAGCAGUCUUGAUGGUAGCUUUGCAUGACAAUCUUGAGGUGACCCAACUCCUACUCGAUGAAUGGCCAGGUGCGUUGAAGGUUGCAAGCAGGAAUUUUGCGUACCCCCCCGCGGGCCUUCCUCUGCACCUGGCAGCCUACACUGGCAACUUGGAGCUAGUACAGCUCCUGGUGGAGGGCUGGCCCGAGGGGCUCAAUGUGGUUAAUAGCCAUGGUAGAACGCCAUUUGAUGUCGCAGUGUAUUUCGGACAUGAGCAGGAGGCACGUUGGAUUUUGCAGAGAGACCCUCCGUCGUCCUACACUCACAAGGAGGAUUGUGCGAUGCUGAUUGAGCUUGCCUGCAACAGUAGCGAAGUCAGCAGUUCCUGGAAAGAUGCUGCAAGAGAUCUGCGGUGCUCAAACGUGGAAUCUCUUUCGAGGCCAACCUUGCAGUUGUGGCUGGAUGAUUGUGGCGGCAACCCCCAAUGGGCAGACGUCUUUGGCACCCUUGCUGACCGGAUAGAGGAUCCCGAAGCCAAGGAGUUCUUGAAAUCUCGCACAACGUCACAUGACCUGGUUGUCGCAAUGUUGGCCAACUGGCUCAAUUGGGUGGUGCUGAUAUCCGCAACCAUCGCAGCUUUUAUUGUUGUCGGUCUGGAGCUGCUGACCACAAAACUGACGCGUCCAACCAACACUCAACUGAAGGAGCAGGCUGCCGCAGAUCCGUUCCUGCCAGGUGCCAAAGUGUUGGUGGGCCUGGCUUUUUCCAGGCGCUUGUGGCUGCUCAAAUUGUGGCGUUGGCUCGAGGUUUUUGUCGCCAUGUUUUGGUUCGGCUUUGCGCUUUUGGUGAUGCACUGGAUGCUGUGGAUACCCCUGGUGGCAUUUGCUUACGUUGUCCCAGCAGCCUCACUCUACGGAGUGAGGGCGUUAAUCCGAGUGCCAGCACUGGCCGUCAUGACAAAGGGCACGGCAGCACAGGUGAUUGGCUUCUUUCGGACGGCGAUCUUGUCAGGAUGUUUUUUUUGA